AAUAACAAUAUUUUUCUGCCAUACCACUAACUCGUCAUUUCCAUUACCCCUAAUUGAAAUUUCUCCCUAGCUCAAUAAUUUACGCAACCAAAUCGAAAAGUCUAAACUCAAGGAAGACUCAUCGCUGCAGAAAUAAGUUUCUUGGGCGCUGAUCCACCUCUGAAAUCUCAUUAGAUCAAACAAAACCAAUCCCUUUCUUGCCGUUGCCUCACCUUCUGCUUGCUUUUAACAUGACUGGUUUGUCUUGUUCCAUUGCGGCGCUGUUAGGAAAGCUUCGCUCUGUUCUAGACUCACCCAGCUUCACAAAAGAAAAGUCUGUUUCAUUCUUGAAGAGGUUGGAAUCAGCACUGAAGAUGGUUAGCGAUGUGAUUAUUGACGCAGAGAAGCAGCAACUUCAACUGAGGAUCGUGAAGAUUUGGCUUCAGGAGCUGGAAGAUGCUGUUUACGAUGCAGAGGAUGUGGUGGAUGAGAUCUUAUAUGAAGCCACAAGACGCAACCUAGAAGCUGAAUCUCAGAACUUCAAAUCCUGGGCACGAGGGUCCCUCCUUACUUCUACCAAACGAAAUGCGAGGCGAAUGAAAUCGAUUAGGAAAACUGUGGAAGUUGUUUAUGCCCUUGCUGUGAAAAAAUAUCAAUUUGGUUUCCGUCGACUAGAAACGCAUAAUGAAAUGCGUUUGUCAGAGUUAGACAGCUUGCCUGUUAGUACAUCUUUGCUAGAUGAAACCGCAAUCUAUGGAAGAGAAGAAGACAGGAGUGACGUUGUCCGCUUGCUACUAUCAGGGCAUGAAAAUCUUGCUGCGAUUGCCUUAGUUGGCGAGGGAGGGUUGGGCAAGACCACCCUUGCGCGGCUCGUAUACAACGAUGAAAAAGUGCGUAUGCAUUUCGAACCAAAAGUAUGGAUAGGUGUUGGAAUCGAUUUUGACGUUCACAUAAUCACCGGGAAAAUUCUUGCGGCUGUCACUUUUUGCAGUUUUAAGGGAUACGGAUUAGAUGAGCUUCAAGAAAAAUUGAGUGCUAGCUUAGCUGGGAAGAAAUUUAUACUUGUCUUGGAUGAUGUUUGGAACGAGGAUUUUAGUAAAUGGGACGCCCUACUAAGUUCGCUUAAAUCUGGGGCAAGGGGAAGCAAGAUUAUUGUUACCGCACGCAGUGUUAAUGUUGCAUCUGUUAUGGGCUGUUCCACUCCUUAUUAUGUACAUGCAUUGACAGUGGAGGAUUGCUGGUCCAUAUUGGAAAGCUCUGCAUUUGCGGGGAGGGAUAGAAGUGACGUGGAAAAUCUGAAGUAUAUUGGAAGGAAUAUUGUGGAGAAAUGCCAUGGUUUACCUUUGUCCGUGAGAGCAAUUGGGGGGCUCUUGCGUUUCAAAAAGACCUCUAGAGAAUGGCUCUUUGUCCUAGAGAACCUGGAAAAGCUGAAGUUCGAGUCAUUUAGAACCAAAACUGGUGAUUCAAUUUCACCAAUUCUAUGGCUGAGCUAUUAUCACCUCCCUGCACAAUUAAAGCGAUGUUUUGCUUAUUGCUCGUUGUUUCCCAAAGAUUAUGAGUUUGACAUGGAAGAACUGGUUCUCUUGUGGAUGGCGGAAGGCUUUCUACAACCGUCUACCGUGCAAUCAGAGGAAAAGGAGGUUGGUGCUGAAUGCUUUAACGGUUUACUGCAGAGGUCAUUCUUUACACGGGGUGACAGCUCACGCUUUAAAAUGCAUGAUCUGAUGCAUGAUUUAGCUGAGUUUGUAUCCGAAGGAGUCUGUUUCAGAUUGGAUUCCAGAUUAUCCAAUAAAAUAACAGAACCUGCAAUACCUGGAAGGACUCGGCAUCUAUCACUGCUAACAAGCCAACAUGAGAAGGAUAAAAAAUUAUCUUUCAUCCUUGAAAAGAGGUUAAGAACCAUCUAUCUGAUUAAUUGUCCUUCAGGUCAUGAAUCUUGUGAAUUAAGUCCUGAAGCAUUGCAGCUUAUUUUUGCAAGAACAGUAAGAUUACGAGUCCUAUCAAUACCUCAUUUUCAAUAUGCUGAAUUGCCAGCUUCAAUAGGAAACUUGAAAUGUCUACGUUACCUAGAUGUCUCUGACAGUACGUUAAAAAGUUUGCCUGAAUCAUUAUGUACUCUGUACUGUCUACAAACAUUGAUAUUGACGAACUGCUCUUCUCUUCGUAUGUUACCACAAGGCAUAGUAAAGCUGGUUCACUUGCGAACGCUUCACAUUAAGGGAGCUGGGUUGAAGCAGAUGCCAAAAGAAAUGGACAGAUUAAUGUACCUUAGAAGUUUGUCUAAUUUUGUUGUGGGCUAUGAUGGGUCAAGCAUUAAGGAACUGGGGGCACUUCGUUAUCUUCAUGGGUCUCUGUCUGUUUCAAUGUUGCAAAAUGUAUCUUCUGCUUCCGAUGCAUACGCUGCCAAUUUGAAAAAUAUGCGAUAUCUUGACGAACUAGAGUUGGAUUGGAGCCAUAAGAAUGAAGUUUCAGCAACAAAUCAGGAAGAAGUGCUUGAGAAUCUAGAACCUUCUUUGGAGUUGAAAAAGCUUUCAAUUCGAUUUUAUGGUGGUAGACGGUUUCCAAUGUGGUUGGGGGAUUCUUCAAUCUUGAAGAUAACUUCUUUACAUCUUGGUGAUUGUUAUAAUUGUAAUUCAUUGCCUCCACUUGGGCAGUUGUCGUCGCUUGAACAUCUCAUUAUUGAAGGCUUUAGUGGAAUAAGGUGUAUUGGCCUUGAAUUCUUUGGGGUAGAUGUAUCUGAUUCUAAACCUUUUCAGUCUCUUAAGACUUUAAAAUUCGGGGAAAUGUUACAAUGGCAAGAGUGGAUACUACCUGAAGCGGAAGGCAAAGAAUUUCCCUGCUUGGAAGAGUUUUAUAUUGUAAACUGUCGAAUAUUGAAAGGGGGUUUACCAAAGAGCCUCCCAACUUUAAGAAAACUGGCGAUCGCUAAUUGUGAAAAUCUUGUGGCUUCACUUCCACGGAGUUCUGAACAUUGUGUACUGGAUUUAGACACCUGUUACAAGGAGGAAACUCAAGAUAAGAUACUAUCAAAAAGUGACGGUGAAGUUGCAUCACAGUCCUCUUCAAGUAUGACUCAGAUUCCAGGCAAUGAAAUACAGUUGGAACGGAUUGGAACUAUGGAAACUCCAGCAGAGGAGAAAGCAGAGCCGGAGGAUCAAGAGCUGUCUGGAAAGUUUGAAAAACCACAGUCCUCUUCAAGUAUGACUCAGAUUUCAGGCAAUGAACUACAGUUGGAACGGAUUGGAACCAAGGAAAAUCCAGCAGGAGAGAGAGCAGUGCAGGAGGAUCUAGAGCUGUCUGGAACUUUUGAAAAACCGCAGUCCUUUUCAACUAUGACUCAGAUUUCAGGCAAUGAACAACAGUUGGAACGGAUUGGAACUAAGGAAAAUUCAGCAGAGGAGAGAACAGUGCAGGAGGAUCUAGAGCUGUCUGAAGAGUUGGAAAAACCUUCGAUUGGAUCUUAUGGUGGUCAAGAGUUCCCGAAGUGGUUGGAAAUUUCUUCCCUCUCCAAAAUAACUUUUCUAUAUGUCAGUGACAACAACAAUUGCUCGUCAUUGCCACCACUUGGGCAGCUGCCUUUUCUUGAACAUCUUACAUUUCAAAGGAUUAGAGGAGUAAGAAGCAUUGGCCCUGAAUUUUAUGGGCUGGGUUUACCUUUUCGGAAACCUUUUCAAUCUCUUCAGACUUUGAAAUUUGAGGCUAUGUCACAAUGGGAACGGUGGACACCACUUGAAGUGGAUGGUGAGGAAUUUCCCUGUCUGCAAGUGUUUUAUAUAAUAAACUGUCCAAAAUUGGAAGGGGAUUUACCAAAGGCCCUUCCCUCUUUGAUACAACUGGAGAUCUCUGAAUGUCAACAGCUUGCAGCUUUACUUCCAUGGACUCCCGAACAUUGUGUAUUGAAGUUAGAGAACUGCGACAAGGUGCAGAAGAGAAGUAAAGAGUUCUCUCCAAAGAUAAUGCAGCAAGUGCAAGAUGAUGAUCAGACAAAACCUUCAUCAAGUGAAGGAAAUCAGCAGUUUUCUUCCUCCUUGAGCUUAAAUGUUUCAAGCGUUGGCAUGGAACAAUCAAUAGAACUGCCGACAGACUCGCACAGCCUCAGAAUUGAGAGAUAUGCUUCGGAUAUGCUACCUAAAGAAAUAUUAGAGAGGUCUUCUCUUCAACAUUUAUAUAUCAUUGAUUGUAUUCCCCUCAAGAUCUUUCCUCUGUCCCCUUCAUUGAAAACACUCUACAUUCACAACUGCAAGAGCUUAGAAUUUCCCCAGCCUAACAAAGUGAUGAACCAAGAUGUGCUCCUAGAAGAUUUAUGUUUAGGGAGUAGUUGUGAUUCUCUCGAAAUUUUCCCGUUAAAUUACUUCCCAAAACUUAAAGCUCUUAGUCUGUGGGACUGCAGAAAUCUUGAAUGUCUCUCAAUUAAGAAGGAAUUGCAGACUGAACUUACUUCACUUGAUGCCUUGGAAAUCAAAGAUUGUCCUAAGCUUAGGUCCUUUCUUGAAGAGGAAUUUCAAGCUCCAAACCUGACAUCACUGGUUUUCUUCAACUGCGGGAGUCUCAAGUCGCUGCAACGGAUGCAAAGCUUCAAAUCUCUUCAAUCACUGUAUAUAAGCAAAUGUCCAGCACUGGUGUCGCUUCCUGUGGAGGGCUUGCCAUCCGGCCUAGUUAUACUUUGCAUCUCUUUUUGUGACAAAAUCACUCCCCAAAAUGGGUGGAAGUUAGAUAAACUUCAUUCUCUUAGUCAUUUUGAGAUUGAAGGUGGAUGCCAAAGAUUGGAGUCAUUUCCGGAGGAGGGGUUGCUGCCGAUAAAUCUUAACUCUCUGCGCAUCAGCAGGCUUUCGAAUCUUACCUCCCUGGACAGGGAGGGACUUCAUAAACUCACCUCUCUUCAAGCGCUUGAAAUAAAUUGCUGUAACAAGCUUGAUUCAUUGCCAGAACAUAGGCUUCCUUCCUGCUUGUCUUCUCUAAGUAUUACAGACUGUUCUCUGCUGAAUCCGAAGCUUCAAAAUAGGAAAGGGGAGGAGUGGUUCAAGAUAGCUCAUAUUCCUUCCAUCCACCUUGAUGAGAUCAGUGAUUAAUACAAUUGCUUGUCGAUUUCAAACCAGGCACACCGCUACAGUUGACAGAGGUUAACAACAGACUUUCUCAUGUGCUGAGGGAGUGGAUCACUGCUUUGCUCUCUGUCACUAGUUCCUAUAAGUCAUGGUGCCAUGAGGCUUUUAAAGAUUGUCAAAAAUGUAUUCAAAUGUCCAGACCUUGGAGUGGAAUGGAAUGCAGAUGUUUAUGGUUUGGUGCUAGACCUGUGCUUACCAUACUGUUUAUGGACUUUCUAUGCUGCUGUGUUAAUACGAGGAUGUUCUUUUGUAAUAUCAGUUCUGUUUUAGGGGUGUUUUUUCGAUUUUACUUGUCUUUUGCAGCUGCGUUACUUUGUACUGUGAGUGUGAUCACUAGCUAUUGCUGGUAUGAUGUUUGAACUUUUGUGUCUUUUUGAGACUUCUGAAUAAAUUACU